GAUAGUUGUCUCGGCCGCUGACGUGUAUAAAAUAUCGAGGGACAGGCGGUGCUUUUUGAGCGAUUUUAUUUUAUUUUCCUAUAGAAUAUAAGCGGCGUGUGAAAGCGCAACCACAAUAUAGGAAAAUGUUAAAGCUAGGUCUGGUCAUCUUCUGCGUGUUGGUCGCUAGUGGACCGACGUGGAGCGCUCGCACCGUGGACAGCCACCUGGGGCAAAAGGAUCUCAGCCGCCUGCAAAAAGUUUUCGUGGACGGAUUUGGCUCCAGUGACCUGCAGUCGAUCUUCUUCUCCAGCCUUAACAUCCAACUGACUGAUGCCACCCAGAAGGAGCCGUUGUGCAAGAAGAUUGCUACGCUGCAUUCCGAGUCCAAGCUGAACAGCUUCGAAAAAGACUACUACUACAUUGGUGCUAGCAGAAACCUGGGGUGCUCCGCAAAGAUUGACGAGGGUCUGCUUUCCAAGGUGUAUAGUUCCCUGAACUCGGAGCUCGGCAGCUCUCAGGAGAUCUUCUACCGCGUGGUCACCCACAAAGUGCUCGGCGUGGAGAUCAAUGAAGCCACUCAGGGAAAACUAGUGAAGCGUUUGCAAGAACUGCUCAAGAAGGACGACACACUCAGCGGCCUGGGAUACGCUUUCAAUGUUGCUCCACUUCUGGGUGCCAGUGCCUCCUUUAUCGUAAAUCGCGUAGAGGAUGCCAUAGUGCAAGCAGAUGAAGUUGACGGCAAGCUCCUGCAGUUCGAAGGCGGUCUCAGUAUCACAUCCCUGAUCAUCAAUGGUGCUUUCGGCGUGAGCAAGACCUUUAACAAGCCCGUGCCCGUUACUGCUGACCAGGCAGUUAAGUUUGCGAACUACUUCCUUAGCCGCCGAUCCGUCCAAACCGCCAAGGGAGCUCAUGUGCUGAUCGAGGCGCUGAAGACUAUCAGUGGAGCCGAUAAAAUUGCUCCCGUUUGCGUGCAGCUCAUUGGCAACGGUCAGUUGGACGCUCAGUCGCCGACUCUGAAUGUAGCCGUUGUUGAUCUGCUCGGCAAGCCUUUAUUACCUGCCCCCAAAGUCAUCAAUGCAAAGGUUAUUCGCAAGAAGGACAGCUCUGUUUUGUCUGAUAAAAUCACUGUGACCUCGAAAUCCUCGGACAAGACCACCUAUGUGGCUGAUUUGGCCAGCUUAAAACCAGCACGCGGCGUUUACCAGGCGGAGUUGAGUGCCGAUGGUGUCUACACCCAGACACUGCAGUUCAAGGUUCUCGGCCGCGUCAAGGUUCAAUCUCUGGAGGUGGGCAUUGCGGAAUCUGAUGCUAGCGCUGCAACCCGCAAGCAGAGUGUGACCUAUCCAGGCAAACUGCAGGAGGUUCUCUCGGCUGACAGCACCCAGAAGCUUUUACUGAAGGCCGUUCUGGUAGAUGAAUCCACCAGCAAGCCUCUGGCUGUCCAUCAGGCAUUCGUUCGACUCUACAACAAGAAAACUGACAAGGAGAUCAUCUUUGUGGCCGAGCAGGAUAGCAGCAAGGCGUACAAAUUCGACAUGGAUGUUGGCAAUAACGGAAAGAACUUCAACUACCAGAGCGGCACCUACAGCAUUUACUUGACCGUGGGCGAUUCCUCUCUGUCCAACUCCUUCGAGUGGUUGGUUGCUGAAGUCCAAUUGAAAUUCAACGAGGAUAAGGAAGUCAAGCCUAAGACCACUUCUGGUCCCCUGCCCGAAAUCAUUCAUCAGUUCCGAGUGCCCGACAACCGCCCGCCCCGCAUUGUGUCUGAUAUCUUUACCGGACUGUGCAUAACCCCGCUUGUGCUGCUUUUCGUGUUCUGGGGAAAACUGGGCAUCAAUGUGUCUAACCUAACGUUGGCCCCGAGCACGAUCGGCUUUCACCUGGGUUUCGGUGGCAUUCUGGUGCUGUUCUUCGUGUUCUGGCUGCAGCUUAACAUGUUCCAGACACUGCGCCUGCUGAUUCCCAUCGCAGUAUUCACAUUCCUGGCUGGCAACCGAUUGCUGAGACGUCUUUACGCACAACGUAACUCGAAGGCAAGUGCGUCGUAAGUGCGUUCAUCAUUGUACGAAGUCAAUAAGUGAGCUACUCUCUAUCUUGCAACUCCAUCAGAAAACAAACUUUAAUAAAGCGAUUUAGUUAAGCCCAAACACACACUAAA